GAAGCCCUGGGGGGGGUCGUGGACUUCCCCGUUCAGGGGUCCUCGAGUCCGUUCGUUGCCGGGCUCUACUUCACUCGUGUAAAAUUAGGAAACCCUGCAAAAGAGUUCUAUGUUCAGAUAGACACAGGCAGCGACGUCUUAUGGGUAAAUUGUAACGGAUGCACUGGAUGCCCAACAAGCAGUGAACUCGAUAUUCAAUUGAAGUUAUUCGAUCCGAAAAGCUCGUCGACUGCUUCGCUGCUCAGUUGCUCGGAUCAGAUGUGUACUAACGCAAUUCAAACUGGAGAGGGUACUUGCUCCUUUUUGAGUUCAAGUAGCAGUCAGUGUUCUUAUUCUUUUCAGUACGGAGAUGGUAGUGCUACAUCGGGGUAUUAUGUAUCCGAUACGUUGCAUUUCGACACGGUUGCCAAGAAUGACCAGCAGGUUGCAAAUUCGUCGGCUAAAGUUAUUUUUGGAUGCAGCAACUCGCAGUCUGGACGGCUAACGAAUUCAAGUAUGGCAGUUGAUGGGAUAUUUGGGUUGGGAAAGCAACAGAUAUCGGUAAUUUCACAGCUCUCCUCUGCUGGGGUUUCUUCAGGAGUGUUUUCGCAUUGUUUGAAAGGUUCAGACAAAGGUGGAGGUAUAUUAGUCCUGGGUCAGAUAGAUGAACCUGGCAUCGUCUAUACCCCACUUGUCCAGUACCAACCCCAUUUUAACGUGAAUCUAGAAAGCAUUCAUGUCAAUGGGCAACAACUAAAUAUUGAUUCCUCGGUGUUUUCGACAUCAACGACAUCAACAACACAAGGAACAAUUGUUGAUUCUGGGACCACGUUGGCUUACAUAGCAGAAAAAGCAUAUGAUCCCUUUAUCAAUGCAGUAGUUUCUUCAAUCCAGUCAUCGAAGGUCCAGCCUGUCAAUAAUACAGAUUACCAGUGUUUUGCUACAACUAGCAGCGUUGACCACGUAUUUCCUCCAAUUACUUUCAAUUUUGCGGGGAACGCAGCACUCAACUUGAAGCCUAGAGAUUAUCUUCUACAACAGGGUGAAGGUAAUGCUACUAUAUGGUGUAUUGGCUGGCAAAAAAUCGAAGGCGGAACAACAAUCUUAGGAGACCUUGUUCUUAAAGACAAGAUUAUUGUUUACGAUUUGGCGAAUCAGCGCAUUGGCUGGAAAAAUUAUGACUGUUCUUUACCCGUGAAUGUUUCAUCAUCCUCUGGCAACAAUAAUGAGUAUGUCAAUACUAAGCAAAGUGAUGUCAGUAUCUCGUCACGCAACACAAAUUAUGCUUUGUUGCCAUUGAGCCUCGCUGUUCUCCUCGUACACGAAUUAUUUGGUGGAUUAGGGGGCGGAGUUGUUUGUGUCAGCGUAAUUAUGCAGGGUCCAAAAUGGUAUAUAAUUACUCACGCUCCAUGGGCCAUAACUAAAAUGCUCACAAAAGCUCCUGAGAAAAGAUAA